CGAAUGAUGACCGGAUGAUGACUUGCCUCUUCUCUGAGCUCUGCAGUCUCAGACAAAGGUGCUAAUCAUGCUGAUCGGAGUUGUUGACACCAUCCUACGUAUGGACUGGCACACAAGAUUUUCGUGAUAUGAACUGGACGCCUCAGGCCCAGGCUUGGCGGCGUCCGUGCUCGCGUCGAUCUCUUUCACACCGACCGAGGUCGGGUCCAUGUCCUGACCAUCGUCAACCCUUUGCGACGUCUCGGACUUUUAUCAAAUAUCAGUCUCCGUUUGCCCUUCAAAUCUCCACACUGUCAUUCCAUUCCAACAUGGCCGACAUCACGAUAACCGAAGGCGAGCUUAAACUCGCGGACGGGACGGUCCUCUACCAAAAGACGUGGUCGCCUGCCGCACCCAAGGCCAAGUUAGCCCAUUUCCAUGGCUUUAGCGACCACAUCAACAACUACAACGAUUUCUUCCCGUUGCUGGCUCGCCAUGGAAUUCACAUUUCCGGUAUCGACGAGCGUGGCUGGGGUCGAUCGGUUCAGAAGAAGUCCGACCGAGGAAAUACGGGACCGACCUCUCUGAUCCUGGCCGAUAUGGCUGCGUUUAUCGAGUCCCAGAAGAAUGAUGUCUUCCCUGAACUUCCGUUGUUUGUCAGUGGACACUCCAUGGGCGGUGGGCUAGUGGCUACCUUCGCCUCGACUCCCAAGUAUCAGCCCCUUGUGUCCUCCCUGCGCGGUAUCCUCGUCUUGGCACCGUUGAUGGGUCUCACCCCGGAACAGACUCCGAGCUCUAUAACGGUGUUCCUGGGCCGACUGGCAGGGAAGCUCCUCCCGCAUUUCCAGCUCGUGGAGAAGAUGCGGGUGGAAACGCUCGUGCGUGACCCAGAGGUGCAGCAGAAGUUGAAAAACGACCCGAUGAACCAUGCCACGGGCACGCUGGAGAUGUUUGCUAACAUGCUGGACCGUAUGAUGGACCUGGAUGAGGGGAAGCUGGUUCUGGUGGAUGGUGUGCAGUCCGUGUUUUUGGCUCACGGCACUGGGGAUAACUGUACCAGUUAUGAUGCCAGUAAGAGGUGGUUUGAGAAGCAGACGACCCGUCUGCCGGAGUCGGAGAAGCUGCACAAGUCCUAUGAUGGGUGGAGCCACCUUUUGCAUGCGGAUUUGCCGGAGAAUAGCCCGGUGUUUGCUGAUGACCUUGCCGCGUGGAUCCUUGGGAGGUCUAGUGCUUAGACUUGUUGUAUUCAGAUAGAGUGCUUUUUGUGUUGUUUCGGUGUUCAGUUUGUUUUGAUAUAUACGGCCAGCUGUCGGCAUGCUGCCUAGCAGUCAUCAGUUGUCGUUUUAGUUCUUGCGCAUACGGAUGGUUCAACCCGUCACAAUAUAUAUUCAGCUCCAUGACAUGAACAAUGAAUUUGGAAUCUCACAAAAAUUCGCAAGCAAUCCGGCGGAUGAGCAAGUUGAACCUGAAUGGGAAGAGGAUGCAAAAUUCCAGGCCAGCGG